UGCGCCAACGAGAUAACGGUGCGCUUUGUCCGAUUUUGCACUAAAUAACACGCUAAAGAAACAAGAAAACGAAAAGCAACCAAUUUGUUCGCAUUCGAAGAUUUGACUGCCUCAUUUUGAUGUAGACUCGGGUAAUGAAGGUCGGGACAAUGCCUGAAUCUCAAGACAUGCAAGAAGAACAGAACAACCAGUUCAUCAACAUGCAGACUGAACUCCACAGCAAGGGCGCUGUGCUUACAAAAGCAUGGUCUGAUUUGUUCAGCUUUAUAACGAAAUACCAAGCAGAACUUAUGGUAAAGGAAAACUCGGUGGAAAUCGCAGAAAAAGAGAUCAGUGUUCGGAAAAAGCAGCUGGACGAUCUGAAACCUGCUGUUGCUGCAGGGAACGAAGAAAUCGCAAAGUUGCAAGAAGAAAUUAACACCAAGGAACGAUUAUUGUCAAAAUCGCAAUCAGAACUUUCUGUGAAAGAGUCAAUGUUACAUAGAGUGCAAUCAGACUUGUCUAGUCACAUGGAACUUUUAGAGAAAUCUCGAUCCGAGAUUUUAGAAAAGCAAAGUGAUCUUAUACGACAUCGUGGUGACUUAGAACGGUUAAAAUCAGAAUUGACCAUCAAAGAGGAACAGAUUCAAAUCAAAGACAAUCUAUUGCGAAAGUUACAAGAUCAGUUAAUGAAAGAGAAUGCUGAAUUGAAAGAACAAUUAGAUUUCAAAUCUCAGUGUCUUGACGCAGAGCGUCGCUCGCUGGAAGCUGAGAGACGGUCACAUGAGCUGUUGAAAAGGAGUCUUUGUGAUAGGAAUUUGCCAUCAUCAAAAUCUUCCAGUACUGCCAGCCGAAAUGUGAUUGAAAUUCCUGACUCCCCUCCAACGCUAGAUCUUUCCGUUGAGCAAGGUGACUUCGGCCUUUCCAACAUCAUCUCAAUGACAAGCGAGCAGCCACAGCCAAUGGACCAUGACUCACAACUUGAUUCCCUUUCUCGCCUCGCCAGCAAUACCUCUGCUUCACUUUCAGACUUUUCUAGAAGACUGACCUCGACAACAGGGAAGAUACGCGAUACCUCACAAUCUUGGCGAUCGUCACAUUCAAAAGGCCCAAACGUGACACCAACAAAAUCAAACGAUUCCAUGUUCGAUUCAAAUAUUACACCGUCAAAAUCAAGUGAUGCUUUGUUCGGUGAUAAUGAGCCCUCCUCCGCAAGUGACGUUUUCUUUCCACUCAGUGUUUCACAAGACUCUAAAAGUGAACUUGACACUUCUGGUGCUAUGUUGACUGAUGACUUUAAAUAUUCACAAUCUGGGCAAAUGCCGGGCACGCCUGGUUCAGGGACAAGUGACAGUAAUCAAGGCCCAGUGCCAGUAUCGGGUCCGAUUCCGAGUUCAGCGUCCAUGUCCCCAGGUGGCGGUCUAGAAGGCGGAGGAGAUGGAAAGAAAUUUCAAUAUCGACGAAGGCCAAGUCAAAAAUCCGGCCCAGCGAAGGGAGCUUUCAAGUGCAUGAUCUGUGGUGCCUGUCUGGCAGCUAAGAAUUGCCUCGCUCGUCACAUGCGGAGACACACAGGAGAAAAACCUUUUAAGUGUCUCGUGUGUGGCCGGCGGUUCCCUCACAACAGCUCCUUACUCCGACACAUGCGUAUACAUACAGGAGAGCGACCGUAUAAGUGCACACAGUGUGGUAAAGGCUUCAUACAGUCUAGUGACUUGAAGUAUCAUUUGGCAGAUCAACAUCGCAAGUUUUGAGGAUAUAGCGACUAUACUACAGCUUCGAGAGUCGAAUGUCAGCCCCCCAGGUGCAUUUGGUCCUUCACAUUGGUCUAAUACCUCCUGGGCCUUGUCAUGCCCAUGGUGCAGUAGGCAAUGCAGUUGUUUCGGAUGGAGUUGUGCUAUUUUCGAUGUGGUAUUUUGAAGUUGUGUCAUCAUUGGCUUUUCUGAUUUGGAUCAGUAAUGGUAUAUGGUAUAGUGUAUUCAACCAUGGCUGUAUAGUCAAUCAUAUAUUUGUUUGAAGACUUAGGUUGGUGUUUAUCAUCAUUUUCUUUCUUAGAGAGCAGGUUCUAAACACCAAUCGUUGGUACAUUUUGUCUGCAGGGAAUUCCUAUGGAUAUCAGUGCAAAACCAAAUCAACAUCAGUUAAUAAAAGGGCUUUAACAAGUGAAUUUAUAAGAUUGUUCUAUAUCUUCCAGACUUUGUUAUCCUCAGGCAAGUUACCCUACGGCUCCUGGCUAAGAACAUGCCCGAUCUGCGGCGAUCAACUUCGAAGCAAACACGGCCUCGAGCAGCACAUGACGAGACAUACAGGGUCAAGGCCGUUUAAAUGUCCACUCUGUCCAGAGACAUUUACACGGAAGUUCACGUUGAAUCGACACGCACAUGUUCAUACUCGGGAAAGACCUUAUUAAUGCUUGAUAUGAGCACAAGCAUUUAUACAGAAUAGUGAUUUGAGGUACCACGUCCUGGAACAGCAGAAACGACUACAGUCUUGCCCUAAUCCAUGUCAAACGUUACAAAGCAACAGGGUUGGGACUGAUGCAUUGGGUCUUUCAAAAGUCACAAUGAUACCAGCAGAUGCCUGGCUUUCUGAAGCUCAGAUAUCACUGGACCACAUUAUUGUUCAGAAAUGUAUUUACCUUUGGCUGUCAGAGUUUAGUUGGUAUGAAAUUUUAGCAGUUGUCUAUGGUAAUUUUUUUUCAGGAAGAAUCUUUCAAGUUCCACAUCGCACUUCAGUGACAGUCACGCGACCCGGUAGCCCAGCCACCUCAUAGUCUGAUUUUGUUACACUACAGUAAUAGACUAGGUAAAUGCAUGUGUUCAUUACUGUACAGCAAUGGACUAGGUAAAAUGCAAUUUGUCAUUACAUGUACUGUACAGUAAUGGACAAGGUAAAUGCCAGUGUUCAUUACUGUACUUGAUUGCACUGUUAUGAAUGACCAAUGUGUUUCAUAGAGUUGUUGGCUAUUCAUGAUUGUUCGAUUGUUGAUUCGUGAAAGUCUGUUUUUCUUUCAUCCACGCUGUUCUUGAUUCAUAUAAAGAGGGACAUUUUAUAUGACACUGUAUUCGAGUCUACGCGAAAGCAUCAUAAAGUGAUGAUUAUUCCCUGUAAUUGUAAUGUACAUAUAAAUUUGAUUUGUCAAGUACAAUGUAUGCCUCAUAAUCAGAUUUAUGUCUCAUAUUAUGCUGUAUGUGUUGUAUUCUGUGCUGUAAAUAUUAUUACCAAUAAAGGCGUUUGGAAAUU